AUGGCAAGAGAUUACUACGAAGUGCUGGGCGUACCACGCAGCGCGGAUGAGAAGGAGAUACGGAGCGCCUUCAGGAAGAUGGCAAGGCAGUACCAUCCGGACCUCAAUCCCGGCGACGAGUCUGCCGAGCGCAAGUUCAAAGAAAUUAACGAAGCCAACGAAGUGCUGUCCGACCCGGACAAGCGCGUUAAAUACAAUCGGCAUGGCGACAACUGGAUGCACGCUGACCGCAUAGAGGCGCAGGGUGGUGGCUUCAGACAAGGCACUCGCGUCGAAUACGGCUUCGGCGACGUGGGCGACCUUGAUGACCUUCUCGGUGGCUUCGGCGACGCCUUCGGUGGGGCAUCGCCAUACGGAGCAGGCACUCGCACGCACACGCGGCGGCGCAGUCGCCCCGGUCGCGCGAACCACCACGAUGUACCUGUAACCAUCACGCUUGAAGAGGCGUUCCGCGGCACAAAGCGCAUGGUCAAUGUACCCACGAAGGAUGGCGGCACGCGGCGCAUCGAGGUCAGCAUCCCUGCGGCGGUGGACAACGGCUCGCGCGUCCACAUAUCGCUGGACGACGGAAUUCAGAUCUUUCUCGUCGUCAGCCUGUCGCCCCAUACACGCUUCAGGCGCGAGGGCGACGACCUGUACGCCGACAUCGCGGUGCCGUUCGAGGACGCCCUGCUGGGAGGCGAGGUCGAGUUCACAUCGCUGAAGGGCAGGCUUGCCCUGAAGGUCCCGUCCGCCAGCGGCGACGGCAGGCGCAUACGCAUUCAGGGGCACGGCAUGCCGAUGCGCGAGUCGCCGUCGGCUAAUGGCGACUUGUAUCUGACGGUGAAGCCGCAGAUGCCGACCUCGCUCAGCGACGACGAAAGGGCGUCGCUGGAAGAGUUCAAACGCCUGCGGAUUGCGAACGGCAAGCGAAGCUAA